AUGCUUGGCGGAGUAGACCUACGAUUCGGCGGCUCUGCAUCGGGGCCUAGGGAGGGAGGCGACGAGGAGUUGUUGUUGAGAAGGGAUGAACAACAGAGUGUGACUGUACGACCUGAGAUGGGCUUCGUCGUGAAGACGCGCGAUUACAAGACGCGGGAAAAGAUCUUUAUUAACCUCACGAGCUCUAAAUACGUCGAGGCACCCCAUGUGAAGGCCUUUCUGGACCAGACUGAACAGCAAGGUAUCAGAGUCCCUAUGAGUAUUGGUGAGAAGCGUGAUGAUGCUGAUCGGAAGGGAGGACGCUGCAUCGUGUGA